AGUUGGAUAGAGAAUUUCUAGGGUGUUGAGAGGAAGAUGUUAGACCUUGGAAAUACAGUAAGCAGUUGUAACACUGAAUGCACUCGAUAAAAUUCUGCGAGAACGGUUUUUUUUUGGUGAACGCUACUAUUUUUUUUUUAACUAAUCGGCUAAUAGUUAUAACAGUUACAACUUGACAACAGUUUCAAAAUAAUAAUUAUCGUAAAAAAAUAUCGUAUUCAUCACUAUCAUCGGUUAUGUACGCCGACAUAUAUAACGAAACACUGAUAAGUACACUCGAGCACUGUUGAACAGAGAUAUUUGUUCCUCCAACGUGCGUUCCCUCGAAAUACGUACACAUUCUACACACAGAACAAUUCUCCCUCCUCCUCCCCCCCCCCCGUAAUCCUGCAUCUCGGUUAACCUGGUGAAUCUUUCCUGACAAUCCUUCAAUCUCAUAACCUAACUUCAUCUGAUAUCAGUGAGUCAUGUUCGUCCGCGAUGGUCAAUAGUCGAUCGUCGUGACAUUUAUCGAAUCCUCUUAUGCGUAAUUGAAUGUUCAGUCGCGUCGUUGCGGGUAAGUUCAUAUUAACAAUGGCGAGCGAUCUGUCAAGCGGCUGUACGGAGACUAUCGAUAUCCUCGAUGAGAAGGAGGAAGGAGAGAUCUCCUUGGAGGAUGUCAGCUCGUCAGAGGAGGGCGGUAUAGGGCAUUUGACCUGCGGCUACGUCGUCAGGACCCGACGGACAUGUUCUGUUUGCAAGUUAUCAUGGGGAGAAUGUGCAUCCUGGUGCACCGCUUCCUCCAAGAUGCACUAUUCCAAGAGCCAGAGCAGAAGAGAUCCAGUCAAGGGCAAGGAGAACCGCCAUCACGUGAACGAGACAAGCUGCGCGACGAUGAAGCACGCGUUGUCGACGUUGCAAGAGAAGAACGACGACCUGGUGCCUAUCUCGAGCGACAGCGACAUGGAGAUUGUGGGUCUCACGGACGCGUCCAAGCAGCUGACGACGCGGUCGAAGACCAGAGUGAAGAAGAAGAAGAAGAGGAAAAAGGAGUACGAGUAUCUCACUAUCGACGACCUGAUCUCCCCGGCCUCCGCCGAUUUGCCCAUAACGGAGUGCUUCAGCACUUUGAAGGGCAGCUCCAGGCUCCAGCCGGACACGUCCAAGGAAACGUCCGGUAGAAUGCACUACAGAGGCUCGAGCCCGGUUCACAGAAGCAGCAAGACACGGUUAAUAACGAGGUCGCCUCUGCGAAGGCACCGCUCUCCCGCGCACCCCUCUUUUCACGGCCCGUCCCGCUCACCGCUGGAUCAUUCCCGAGCGCCGAGGAAGUCGCCACGAAGGCUCAGGUCCUCGCCCAAGCGACCGGAGCCUUCGCACUCGCCAGUGCGAACGAGCUCCAGGAAGCAGCCGACGUCGUCGUCCGCUGGUUACACUGGCGACCGACAUGGCGACGUGACGAGGUUGCUGAAGAAAGUCAAGCACCUCGACUCCGUGGGCGCGCACACGCCGGAGUCGAGCGUCAGGCGGAACAAGGAGCAUCAGCCGGCCUCGCUGAAGGAGAAGCUGAGCAAUAUGAUGAAGAAGGUGCCGGAUAACAGCGGCAGCGUGGUUCACGGUCUCAAGGAGAAGCCCUCGACGCAAGGCACGACCGGCAAGGAGCUCGACGAGGAGGACGACCUGGCGCUGCUGCGGCAGAAGGCGUUGGAGACGAAGCAGAAGAACAAGCUCGUUAUCAGGCUGGAGCAUCCGAUGGAGUCGGAGGAGAAGGCGACCUCGGCGGCGGCGGCUGCGAAGAUGAACGACGAUCAGGAUGAGGAGGACCUGCAGCUGCGGAUGAUCGCGCUGCGCUCGGCGGUCAUGAAGAAACAUCAGAACAGGGUGCAGCGCGGCGUACGGGCGAAGAGCAAGAAGAAAGCGGUGUCGAAGCGCAGCGAGAGCCCGUUCACGCGAAGCUUCCUCGAGAACAUCCCCGUGCCUCACGAUGAGCUGCUCAAGCUCGCCUCGCCGCCGUGCACGCCGCCGGCGCCGCCGUCGAGCGACAGCAAUCACAUCGAGGACAUGGAGCUGGACACUGACGUCGAGCGGGAAAAGGAGAAGCUGCCGUACUCGCCGACGGACAACACCGUCGACAUGCCGAUCGACACGGAGCUGCUCGGCAUCGAACCGUCGGACGUGUCGUUCAUCAACCUCAACAACAGCCCGAUCUUUUUGAAGAGCGGCAAGCGGAGGCCGCCACCGCCGCCGCUCGGCGACGACGCCAUGCCGACGACGGACGACGUCUUCCCGUCGUACACGCCCUCGCCGAACCACUUCGCGUCGUCGCCGUUGCCCAGCGACGAGAGCUUCCACUUGGACUCGAACGACGCUCAGAAGUCACCCGGCUACGGGCUCCUCCACCCCGACUGCAUCGAAUGCGACCUGCUGGACGGCACUUGUUGCCAGCAGAACCUCGACGACGUCGGCAGCAAGUGCGGUUAUUUGACCGUGUACUCGGAGCCUUCCGACGUGCCGUCGCAUCGAGCUCUUCUCGAUCUUCCGGUGCCCUCUCUGCUCCCGAAUCUCCUCCACGUGAGCCGGCAGUCGCAGAACCUCACGGAGCGACUCGCCAGCGGCGACCUGCUCGCGGCCUCCACAUACACGGAACAGCCGAUCUUGGCCAACGUGCAGCAGGAUAGCGCGUGCGCUUACGAUAUGGCUUUCGGGUAUCCUAGCGUGAACGUCCCGACAGUGUCUGCCUUGGGAACAACGUUGCUGAACAAUAACGGCGUCUCGGUCACUGCUGCUUACGAUUCUCCGGAGAACAGGAGUCCUCAGGCGGCUUUGCCCACCGUCGACGUCGACAGGAACCCGUCGCCGAGCGUUGAUUACGUUCUGGGCGACUCGACGGUCUACUGCCAAGCCGACGCGAGCAGGGAGCCCUUGUAUAUGCAGGGUGUCCCGGAUAUCACUAAAGACGCGAAUAAGAUCCCCACGUUGAUCAACAAGACGCUGGUGCCCGUACCGAUUCUGAAGUCGAACAAGCAGCUGCAGCAGCCGUUGCCAGCGAAGUCGGAACUUCCGCACACGGAACCGAGCUUCAAGAGCGCCGAGAUGCAGCCGGUGGCAGCCGUCACGGACGCGAACGGCACGAGAAGCGGCGCCAUCUUCAAGCCGAUCAAAUUAGCGCCGUUCCCGAAGAAGCGUCACCGCGUGCUGACGGCUCCCGUAGUGUUCGGCGAGUCCGUAAACGAGAGUCCGGAGAACGACACGAAUGGCGAGUCACACAAGGCGAGCGAAAAAACCGAUCUCACGCUCGCCGCGAAGAACGACAGCGCUUCAUCCUCGAAACGGCGGAAACGCACCAAGAGAGCCGUCCACCUGAAUAUCGACCUCGCGGAACUGCUCACGGAGGAGUGGAGUGGCUUAUGUACAAAUAGCGAUGUAAAUAAGAAUGUAAAUACCGGUACGACCGUGCCGCCGUCCUCUGCGCGACGACCGACCGCCGAGCCCGAGUCUAAGAAGAGAAAGAAGAGGAAGAGUGUCGACGACGAUAAAGCGCGAGAGAGCGAGGAGUCGACGAACUUGCAGGUGGACAGCGCUGAGGCUCCAGCCGAGCCGACCGACUUUACUGAUAAAGACGGUAGAGCAGAGAACACAGACGUCGUUGAGAAGAGCGAUCAGCACGCUGCGUCUUCCGACGACCCGGAGGAGCAGAAGAAGCAGCAGACGUCGUCGACGAAGAGCAGCGUCGAGUGUCCUGGUUUAUCGGCGAGCCUGCUCGACAUCGGCGCAGCUACGAACGAAGCGACGGAGGCGACGAAGGACAGGCGAGAGAGCGUCGACGAGGACGAGAACGAGCUGCGAGCUAUACUCUUGGCGUCUCUGACGAAACGGGCAACGAAGUCGUCGGACGCUGUUUGCAGCAGCGUCACUCCGACGACGUCGGUUACCACGAACUGUAACGCGACGUCGAGUAAGCAGGCAGCCGCGCUGAAGGUGUCGGGGAACAGCGCGUCGGUGAGCGCGACGGCUAACGCGGGGAACAACGGCUUACUCGUCGGCGUCAAGAAGAGACCUAACGUCGUGCCGAUGGGGACGAAGGGGCUUUCGAAGAAGUUGGUGAAGAAGGCUCCGGCCAGCACGAAGGUGGUGAACAACGCGAAGAAGUUUCAGAACACGAUAGUGCAACGCAAGCUGAACCCGCAGAAGCUCGGCGAAGCGAACAUCCUCGGCAAGACGAAGCAGCCGAUGCCGGCCGCCCACCAGGACAACGUCUGGUCAGCCAACGGACCGACGGUGAAGAAGUCCUCGAUGGCGUACGCCAGCGAAACGCAACGUAUCGUCAUCAAUCUCGGCUCGGACACCGACAGCGAACCCGAAUCGGAGAAAGGGAAUAAGGCCCCGCCCGUCGCAACGUCGGCCGUGAACGCGCAGGAACUUAAUACCGACUUCGAGAAGAGUCUGCAUAAGUUCCUGCGCGAAGUGCGGAAGGAACAUGAGACUGGGACUUCCUCCUCUUCCAAACUUGCCGCUCUGUCCCCCCAAGCGACGAAGAGGAGCACGCCGACGCCGGUGACGCAACCGGAUCCAGAGAAGGAUCCGUCUAACAUGCACACCCCAUUGGCAGUGAGGCAUCUCUCAGCGUCGAAGCAAGAGGAGUACCGUCGUUUGAAGCAGCAGAUCUUGGAACGCGAGAAGAUGAAACAGCAGAGCAAAGUGGUGACCAAGAGUAACAGCGUAUCCAAGGUAUCCAAGAGCAUGUCGAACACGCCCGUGAGACAGAAUCAGAUUGAGUCGAAGGAAUCGGAGAAAGGCUCUCAGCAAUCGUCGGCAGCAGUGGCCAAAACCACCGACGUGGCGAAGAGCACGGCUGCGUUGAACUACGCCGCCCGCGUGCCUGUCACCAAAAAUAUCAUCUCGACGAACAUCGCUAAGCAGACAAAUUCAUUGCAGGCUAAAACGACGAAGAAAACGGUGCCGAAUCUCAGCAUUCGAAUCACCAAUGAGCUUUCGCCGACUCAUGUCAGCGUGGAAGGCAAAACGGGCGAGAACUCGGUCGAAUUUGCGAACAAGCAUCAGCCGAUGAGCGAUAAGCAACAGUUCAGGCCUGCUCUGAGGACGUUGUCCAAAGACGAGAUCAAUCGGAAGUACGUGAAGGUGCAGCUGAAGCAGGACACGACCAAGCGGGUGGUCAUCAUAAACGAUAAGGCAGCGUCGAGCUCAUCAUGGCACGACACGGCGAACGCCGGCCGCAGCGAAGAGUCCAUCGAAGACAGUAACGUCGUCGCGGAGAAGCCCGACGAGGGAACGGCCGGUAAAAGCGACGAUAAUGACAAGGCCAAUGAGAGCGAUAUCUCCGACGCGACCACCGUGUUAAAUUCGAACGCGAGCAGGCAAGAACUCAUGGACUGCAUGGAAACCACAAUAUCGUAUUUCCAUGAGUGUGAGCGUGAAUUGAAUCGCAAUGCCUCGGUAUCGUCAUUGUUUUCGGCGAGUAACAACCGUGACGAUGAUGGAACGAAGGAUCUUUCGCCUAAUUUGAACGUGAACGCCAGCGGCGAUGCCGAUAACACAGGUGAUGUUUGGGACGUACUCAAACGGGACAUGAAGACGGAACUCGAGUCUCUCGCGGGUCUUCCCAAAAUGGAGCAGCAACGGUACUUGUCCGACAUCGAGAACAGAUUAGUCGCAAGACGUUACGCUGUUCUGGAUCAUUUUGCGGAUAUGUCGGGGAACCUUCGUCAGUGGGACAUGGAGAAGGACUUGCAGAAUAGCUUGGCCAUCGAGGUGAAGAAACUCAAGGAACAGCUGAGGUUAGCCGAGGAAAUGCUGGAGAAGCAGCGUAAGCGCGUCAGCAGCAUGGGUCCGAGAAUUUCGACUGCGCGCCAAGAGAUUAACACCGGCCGACGCGAGUGCUUCAAGUUGUCGAGAGUCUGUACGGCCCUGGGCAACCGGCUUUUAGGGAAGAACUACAAGCUACCAGAGGCGGGAGAUCAAUUAUUGAGCGAGAAACUCAAGGAAGUCGCCAAUCACACUCGCCAGCUCUCCAAGAAGAAACUGUCAUCCAACGAUGCUUCCGAAAACUCCAUACUUCCUACUUCGUCGUUCUCAAAACCGUCUAAAGUUACAUUAGAAGAAACCGUGGGAGAUCUGUCGUUGCAAAUACUGCCGAAAAACAACAUGGCUACGGCCAAUAGUGUGGUAGACAACUCGCAAAACGACACUUCCCCUGGUUUGGAGCAAUGUAAUGAUAUUGAAAGCUCGUCGACGAUAGAUACGCUUCCGAACGAAGUGACGCCAGCGAGAAAGAAUCAAACCUCGGCGAUUGUGUCGGAGUCUUGUAAUGACGAAGAAGACUCGCCCGACCAAGACCAAUUGCUCUGCGAACCAAAGCUAAGUAGUACCCCUGUAUCAGUAGAACGAAAUAACGAAUGUACGCAAAGAAACCGUAAGGUAGAUAUCCCUGUGGCUGCCAUAUCUCCAGUGCUAGGACUAUCGACAGUAGAUUGUUCGUUAUGUCUGGAUAAUGAGCAACGAGAUAAGAAGAAAACGCAGUCGCCAGCACAGCCGCCGAUGACAACAGCGACCACGACGACAACGAUGACGACGAUGACGAUUACGACAGCGACGAUGAUACCGAAAACGACCUCUUCGACGAUGAUGAAUACAACGCCAACGACGACGAUGACGGUGACGACGACAACGACAACGAUUAAACCUUAUGUAUCGAUAUUGACACACUUGAAGACACCAAGGAACGCGAACCCCAACGGAAUCCUGUGCCCGUACGAUUUGAUGGGUAUCUGCAACGACGGAGAUUGUCAGUUUGUUCAUCAAUCAACGAGUUCUACAUGAAAUAACACUUACUGAACAUAUUCAACAUGAUAUACGUAAGGUGAUCAUCGUUUUAUCAUCGUAGAAGUUGAUAUAUACAUCGAUAUACGACGACGACGGAAUUACGUGUUGUGCUGGCAGAAGCAACACUCGAAGAUGGUAAGUUGUCUACAUCCAUGGCAGACGCUUUUGUGCAACAAAAUCCCGAGAUCACCGUUUUAUUUUGUAAAGAAGUUUUACGCGUGAGACGGGAUUAGUUUUCUUUUUCUUUUUUACGUCGCGUUGAUGAAGAAGACGCGAGAGAGGCACCCGCAAUUCUAUCGAAAGUUCAAAACAAAUCCCUACGAGUGUCUAUUUUUACGAUUACGAGAGGAAAAAAAGUGUCACAAACUGCAAGCAAUCAGUGUGGUUGCUGUAAAAGACAGAAGAAGAGAGUUGGUCACACUUAAUGCAAGGAAGAAUUAAGACUCGAAAGAAGAGAUGGUCCAGCAGCUGUGAAUGGUUCAACGAUGAACAUUUGCGUCAGUUAGUCUUUCUUCAUACUUCUAUAUAAAUAAGUUACCUCAUACUAGUAAAUAUCUUAUUUCUGUACAAUAAAAUUGAAUAUUUUUUUCUUAUAUC